AUGCCUCCUCCAAAUAAAGGCUCAUCUGGUAUGGGCUACGAGCGGAAGAAGAGGAAUCUCACAGCGAUUCCAUUAACAUCGCCAAUAGCCACAUCUAGCUCCUCAAAUUACCGAUUCACGAACAACCCCCACUCCGCUGGGCUCUAUGGACCCCCACGCAACCCCUCACCCCCUGCAUCUGCUUACUUCCCCCUCCUCUCAGCGGACACAAAUGCCAGGCUGCAGCCAACACCAGACGCCGAAUCCCACUUCGCCUACAGUACGACACUGAGACGACACCAGUCCGAAGGUGCCGCUGCACUCGCAUCACCGGCUGCGUUCGCCGCGACAGUCAACGCUGAGGCGACGAGCCUCUGGACACGAGCAGUCAAUGCUAUCACCGGCCGACAGACGAACGAGUACCAGGCCAUCGAGAAUGGGAGGGAGUCACCGUCACCAGCGCCCCGCGAGGAGCCCAAGGAUACGGCGUCUGGGAAGUUUGCCCAUAGCUCGGUAGAGGCUACAAUAAACUAUUUCCGCACGUCCGGGACAAAUGGGCUGCUGCUUUCCGAUAUCAACGUACUACGCGAGACUCACGGGUAUAACGAAUUUUCGGUUGCGUCGCCGGAACCCCUGCUUCUCAAGUUCGCGAAGACCAUUUACGAGUCCCCACUCAUCCUCCUCCUCUGCGGUAGCGCGACGGUCAGUGCGAUCAUGGGGAACGUGGAUGAUGCUGUGAGCAUCACGGUGGCGGUGCUAAUUGUCCUUACGGUGGGCUUUGUGCAAGAACGACGGUCGGAAAAGAGUCUGGAAGCGUUGAAUAAGCUGGUCCCUCAUCAUUGCCAUGUUGUUCGUGAAGGAGAAACGAUACAUGUUCUGGCCAACGAACUGGUACCUGGAGACCUUGUCAAGUUCCAAACAGGCGACCGCAUACCCGCUGAUGUUCGGCUGGUCACUGCUGUUGACUUGGAGGUAGACGAGAGCAGUUUGACUGGAGAGACGGAGGCUCGGAAGAAAGACCCAGAGAUCUGCCAAUACGAACACGGAGCAGCCAACGGUGAACCAGUCGCCCUCGCGGAACGGACGUGUAUCGUCUAUAUGGGCACCUUAGUGCGAAAUGGCAGAGGUACAGGUGUCGUCAUUGCAACUGGCGCUCAGACUGAGUUCGGUGUCAUCUUCUCGAUGAUGCAGGAUGUGGAGGAGCGUCGGACACCGCUUCAACUUAACAUGGACGAGCUGGCGAAGAAGCUAUCCUUCAUGUCGUUUGGUGUCAUCGGAGUCAUCUGCUUGAUCGGCGUUCUACAACAUCGCUCAUGGUUGGACAUGUUUACCAUUGGUGUCUCUCUUGCGGUCGCGGCUAUUCCAGAAGGUCUUCCGAUUGUUACCACUGUUACACUCGCACUUGGUGUAUUGCGGAUGGCUAAGAGGAAGGCAAUUGUGAAGAAGCUGCAUUCGGUUGAGUCGCUGGGGUCUGUAUCGGUGAUUUGCUCAGACAAGACGGGAACCUUAACGAAGAACGAGCAAACCGUUACGGAGGCCUACGCUGUCGACGAGAACAUCUGCCUCGACCCCAGUUCGACCAUCCCGUACACGGGCACGGUGUCUCCGGCCAUCAAGCGUGCUCUGGAUAUUGGUGCUUUGUGCAACAACGCCUCCCUGGUCCGCAACGAGGAUGGAGUAUACGUCGGCCAAUCUACUGAUGUUGCUCUGCUUAACGUCCUCCAACUCUUCGGUCUUCCUGAUCGACGCGAUACGUUCCGCCGCCUUGCCGAGGUCUCCUUCAGCUCAGACAAGAAGUACAUGGCCGUCUCUGGCGUCCACGAAAAUGGUCCCAGUUCGACUUCGCCACGGUUACAAGCGAACGGUGCUUCCAGGGAGAUGUACUACAUAAAAGGCUCGAUUGAGGCCGUCCUCGAGCGGUGCAAGUUCUACUACGUUAAUGAGGAGUCAACACCAGCACUCGACGUGAAUACACGGAACGUCAUCACCACACGAGCGAAUGCGGCUGCGGCUAAAGGCCUCCGAAUCUUGGCUAUGGCGUACGGAUAUGGUUCGGCGAAUUCUGCGAAUGCACAGACACCCCAGACGUCGAGGGCGCCUUCACCAGACGGACACGUGAAUGGCACUGGCGUCGGUGCAGGCGAGAAGACCAACCUUGUCUUCGUCGGCUUCCAAGCGAUGCUCGACCCACCACGUAAAGGCGUCGCCGACUCCAUCGGGCUGCUCCAAGCAGGCGGUGUGCGGGUCAUCAUGAUCACUGGCGACGCCGAGGCUACUGCUCUAUCGAUAGCGCAGAAGCUCGGUAUGCGCGUUGGGCGUGGUGGUGUUUUGUCGUCUCAUUGUCUAACGGGCAAGGCGAUCGAUUCGAUGACCAAGGUGCAGCUGAAGGAGCGAGUGGGGAACGUUAGUGUCUUCGCCCGGACGACGCCGAAGCAUAAGAUGGCGAUUGUGGAGGCGUUCCAGGCGAGGGGACGGGUAGUGGCUAUGACGGGUGAUGGAGUUAACGAUGCUCCGGCGCUCAAGAUGGCGGAUAUUGGUAUCUCAAUGGGGAAGAGCGGGACGGACGUGGCGAAGGAGGCUGCCGAUAUGAUAUUGGUGGACGAUAACUUUAGCACGAUCUUGCCCGCUGUUGAAGAGGGCAAAUCAAUAUUCCAUAACAUCCAGAACUUCCUUGCGUUCCAGCUGAGCACCGCCGCCGCUGCACUGACGCUCAUUACGCUUAGCACAAUGCUGGGCCUCUCCAACCCACUGAACGCGAUGCAGAUCUUGUUUAUUAAUAUUCUCAUGGAUGGCCCUCCAAGUCAAUCCCUCGGUGUCGACCCCGUAGACCCAGCCGUCAUGCGUAGGCCUCCACGCAAGAAGAAUGCACCGAUUAUCACCAAGCAUCUCCUCCUGCGCGUGCUGUUCUCGGCGUCGAUCAUCGUGUGCGGGACGCUGUUCAUUUAUGUGUUUGCGUUGCAGGAUAAGGAUAUGUCGAGGAGGGAACAAACCAUGACAUUCACCUGCUUCGUCAUCCUCGACCUGGUCUCGGCCGUACAGAACCGCGGGCUCGGAUGCGGUCUCUUCCAGAACAAGAUGCUGCUCACGACCGUCUCCAUCUCCUUCCUCUCGCAGCUCGGGCUCGUAUACGUGCCCUUCAUGCAGAAGAUAUUCCAGACGGCUGCUUUGAGCGGGCGGGAUUUGGGUGUGAUUCUGGGGCUGGCGGGCAUAAGCUUUUGCUUGCAUGAGGGGAGGAGGUGGUUUGAGAGGAGGAGGGACGCUGAGGAGACCUAUGCCACUGUUAUGGAGGAGCUGGCUUAG